UUUGAGUUGCAUUUUGAUUUCAUUUAGUCCUGGCCAAUAUGAACGUCUGCACACCAACUCAACUCUUCGCAAACUCAACCAGAGGCCUUUCCUGCUGUGCUGCUACCUUCUGCUUAUAGGCGCCGGGAUUCUCCUUGCUCUCUCUCAGUUCUGCCACCUUCCCUUCUCCAACCAUGCCAUUACUCUUUGGCUUCGUGGAUCUACGAGAAGGAAGCUUACUUCUCCCUUGAUGGGUUUCGAAGGAGAGGAGAUGGGGCAGCAGGAGACAGAGGAGGGAUCAUGGAACCAUUCCAUGCAUCUGUCUCUCCGCACAGCUAUUCUCCUCCCUUAGAGAAAAAUUAAUUAAUCAAUCAAUCAAUCACAAGUCACAACAAAGUACAUACUUUUCUUCUUUUCAUCCCUCUACGAGCACACCUACGUCGUCGAUCGAGAAAAAGAAACAUGAAGAGGAGAGUGAUCAGCAGCUCCGAGAAUUCUCUGAUCCCUUCCUCUGCAGGAGAGGAGCAGGAAGCGGAUGGAUGCGCCAGGGAAGUAUUCCAGGAGGUGGUGGUGGAGGAGGAGGAGGAGGAGGAGGAGGAAGCUGCCGGCGGAGGGGCGUCGAAGAAGCGGCGGUUGAGCCCGGAUCAGGUGAGAACUCUGGAGAAGCACUUCGAGGAGGAGAACAAACUGGAGCCGGAGCGCAAGGGGCGGCUGGCUGACGAGCUCGGCCUCCAACCCCGCCAAGUCGCCGUCUGGUUCCAGAACCGCCGCGCGCGGUGGAAGACCAAGCAGCUUGAGCGCGACUUCGCCGCGCUCAAGGCCUCCCACGACGCCCUCCGCCGCGAUUUCGACUCACUUCACCGCCACAACCAAUCGCUCCUCUGCCAAAUAAAGAAAUUGCAGGAAAAGCUUCGAAUAAAAGAAGAUACUGUGGCUAAGUCAGAGAUCUCGACGAAGAACGUCGACGAGCCGGAACAGCCACCGCCGGCUGCGGCGGGCAGUAAAGCCGACGGCGUGUCGGACAGCGACUCGAGUGCUGUCGUGACCGAAGCUACCGCAGACGUCAACGAAGACAUCCGCCAGUUGGCCUCUGCCUCCGACAAACUGUCCCUAGAGUUGGCCGCCGGCGAAAUUCCCUGUCCCGAUUUGAUGAACCUCAUGGAUUCGAGGACCGGAUUCUCGCACCAAAGUCACGGCGAGAUGUUAAAGUUGAAGGAGGAGGGGGAGGACGGAGACGACUUCAUCGGUGAGUCUUGCUUUGACUUCUUCGCUGACGAGAAGGCGGCGGCGAUGCUGAGCUGGUACUAUUCCGGCGAGCGCUGGAACUAAUCAGUGAGAGUAUCGAAGGAAUCCAAAAUAAUAUUAUGGGAAUUUGAGGGCUUAUCCGUAAAAAAAUUUGUUUUGUAAUUUUAUAUUUAGUUAUUCCUCCGUAAAAAUUAAAAAUUAAAAAUUAAAAAAACGAAGUUAACUGCUA